AUGUUCUCUAAAAUGGUAUCCAAGCUGACAUCCCUGCAGCAGGAGCUUCUCAGCGCCCUGCUGGACUCAGGAGUUACCAAGGAUGUUCUGAUCCAGGCCCUGGACGAUAUGGACCCGAGCCCGCCGGGCUUUGGAGUAAAGCUGGAGAGCCUGCCCAUGUCGCCGGCUCACCCUCAGAGCGGCAAGAUGAACGGGGCGGACGCCGACUCGAAGCCCGUCUUCCACACGCUCACCAACGGCCACAGCAAGGGCAAGCUGUCCGGGGACGAGGGCUCCGAGGACGGGGACGACUACGACACGCCGCCGAUACUGAAGGAGCUCCAGUCGCUGAACACGGAGGAGGCCGCCGAGCAAAGGGCAGAGGUGGAGCGCAUGCUGGCAGAGGAUCCAUGGCGUGCUGCCCGCAUGAUCAAAGGUUACAUGCAGCAGCACAACAUCCCCCAAAGGGAGGUGGUGGACAUCACGGGGCUGAACCAGUCUCACCUCUCCCAGCACCUCAACAAAGGCACGCCCAUGAAAACACAGAAGCGAGCGGCCCUCUACACCUGGUAUGUCAGGAAACAGCGGGAAAUUCUCCGACAGUUCAACCAGGCAGCGCACGGUUCUGGCAGCAAUAUGACAGACAAAGGCAAUCAGGAUCCGGUGUUUUUUUUCCCAGAGUACAACCCGUCUGGUCAGGGCAUUGGUCAGCCUGGUGAGGAGGUCGGCAGCGAACCCUCCAGCAAGAAAAUUAGACGUAACCGUUUCAAAUGGGGGCCUGCGUCGCAGCAAAUCCUGUACCAGGCCUAUGAACGUCAGAAGAACCCCAGCAAGGAGGAGCGGGAAGCUUUGGUAGAAGAGUGCAACAGAGCCGAGUGUAUUCAGAGAGGCGUCUCCCCCUCCAAAGCUCAGGGCCUCGGCUCUAAUCUGGUCACCGAAGUGCGAGUCUAUAACUGGUUUGCCAACCGGCGCAAAGAGGAGGCCUUCAGGCAGAAGUUGGCCAUGGACGCCAUCACGGCGCAGCCCCACACCAUCAACCCUCUGCUGUCACACAGCUCGCCACAUCAUCCCCAGACCAGCGCUUCACCUCCCAGUAAGAUGCCCGGAGUGCGUUACAGCCAAGGCCCCGGUGAGGCCGCCUCCUCCACGUCCAUCAGUCACCACAGCAGCAACGCCAUGCCGUCCAGCCAGUCGGUGCUCCAGCAGGUGUCUCCGGGAGGAUUGGACCACAGCCACAGUCUGCUGUCACCUGAUGCCAAGAUGAUUUCAGGUUCAGGAGGAGGACUUCCUCCAGUCAGCACGCUGACCAACAUCCACAGUUCCCAUCACAGCCAUCAGCAGACGCAGAACCUCAUCAUGCCUCUAUCUGGAGUCAUGGCCAUAGCACAGAGUUUAAACACGUCGCAGUCUCAGACGGUGCCAGUGAUCAACAGCGUGGCGGGCAGCCUCGCGGCGCUGCAGCCGGUGCAGUUUUCCCAGCAGCUCCACAGCCCCCACCAGCAGAGCCUGAUGCAGCAGUCCCCGAGCCACAUGAGCCAGCAGCCAUUCAUGGCGACUGUCACACACUCGCACAUGUACCCUCACAAGCAGGAGCCCCCGCAAUAUUCCCACUCGUCACGUUUCCCCUCGGCCAUGGUGGUCACAGACGGCAACAGCAUCAGCACCCUCAGCUCCAUGUCCUCGAGCAAGACGGUCAGUCUUUAA